CCCCUCCCUCUGACCUCGUACGGCAUCACACCACUACGGAUGAAAUUCUCAUGCAAACCCCUCAUCUAUCACACCACGAUUGGUUCCCGCACAUUGAGUCCUACGUCUUCUGAGACGAACGAUAAAAGAAAGCCUACCUCUCUGGUCUAGACUCCGUUCGGGUCAAGUUGACAAAGUUCGGGGGUGCUACUGUCGAGAAGCCUAGUGUCGUGCACAUCCGCUCUUCUCAUUCAACACUCGUCGUUAAUGAGCUCGCUAUUGAGGAGAAUCGAACCAAAUUACAGUUGCUUCGAGGCCCAAAGCUCACCUGAAUUUCAAUAUCAUCAACCAGCAACCGACUCCAAAAACGCGCCAUUCUGCACAAGCUACCUAACCACCUACGUAUUUGGAGAUCCCGACACAAUCCGCGUGUCCUGAGGUGGCCACCGACGUCAUUCAACUACCAAAGCACAGCUGCGUCUGCCUAUCUGUAGUAGGAGAUUUAAAGCAAGAAGAAAAGCAACCUAAAGCAGUUAUCGGCGACUGAAUCAAUCUACUGAAUAACGGCCCACGGUCGCCACGACGUCUUGAAACCUCAGAAAUUUCAAUUGAACGUUCAGAGCCAUGGAGACUAUGCAGAUCAGCACUCCCCCCGCCGCACAGCCCAAGGGCUUGUGGUCGCGGGACGAACAUUCCAGAAACGCAAAGAGACAGCCUCGGAGAUCGAGGACUUUGCACGAGGAGUUCCAGACUCCAGACAUGCCAUAUGGAUUUGGCGAGGUCCGCCUGCCUUCAAACUACCAGGUCCACGCCCAGGACCACUAUAGGGCCAUGAACGGUCUGCCGUCGCCCAUUUCGGAGGUCCCACCAGGUCUCGAGAAUGGAGAUUACAUGAUGUCGCUGUCGAUUACCUCAGACUCUUCAGACAGGAGCUUAUCCUCCAAGGUAGUUGAGCAGGCACCUCAGCCCGCCCCAAGGAUACGUCAACUUCGUCCUACACUCCCCCCACCCCGCCGUUCCUACUCAGUGACGGACCAGGAGCCGGUGCCACACCACCACCGCCUCUCAUCCGUCAUGACACUACUUGAUCUACCAGGCGAAGUUCACUACGCCAUUUUCGACUUCUUGGAUCCUCUGGACAGCACUUGCUUUGGCCUCACCAACAGGCAUUUGUAUGGAAUCCAUAGACGACUGCACGGCAAAGUUCCCCUCUCCAUUCGCCGUGCAGGCCCGAACGACAUGGAAUGGGCUUGGCACAGAGCCGGACAGUCAACCGCCGUCACCGCCGCGAAGCCUGCAGCUGCUGUGGCUGCCACUGAGGGCGAGGCCGCAGCCGACGACAAGGAACGCAUGGCUCUUGAAAAGAAGGAGAUCACUGCCAUGAGGGUGCGCGGACAAGCCUAUUGUCGCAAGUGCGGGAUCUCCCGCUGUGAGCUGCACAAGCAUAUUCGCGAUUGGAUGGGUGAGAGCUACGAGUACUGCAGCGUUCGGCAAAAGUUUGGGCCCAAGGCACCCGAGGGUGCUAGGAACUUUUGUUACCUGAGCAACCCCAAGAAUCCCGGCCGGUGUGGUCGACACCGAGUUGCGAAGGCGCAACUGUCACCGGAUUCUUCGUAAUCAUGAUCCCAUUUCUUGGUCCAUUGGCCUUGAAUCUAUGUUAAAUUUUUUUUGGAUGAUUUGUUACAAUUGGUAUGAGGACUUUUGUUCCCUAUUAGCACGGGAAUACUUACUAUCUCCUCCGGGCGGUGUUUCGUUCGCACGUUGUGCUGAGGGCAGACUUUGUGCAUGGCGUUAGCGUGGGGGUAUUCUUCGGUUUUAUCGAGUUACACUAGUAACCUUCCUUGUCACAAGCCAUGGCAUUUUGUUGACAACGCUUAUGUAUGAAUAUAUAGCCAGGGUUUAGUUUUGGGCGUUCAAUGCGGUGUAUUUUCUGUUCGUUGGAACAACCGGCCAGUCAAGUUGCAUAACGCCUAUACGUUGUUGGGGGGCGGGCAAGUGCAACGAAGGACUUGUCAUAUUUGACAUUUUGCUGCUUUCGUUUAAUGCUUAUCCGUGAAUGACGUGGUUGACUCCUGUACUUGGACACAGUAUUGUCAGGGGAGGCACACGCAUACUUAGUGGCUCGUUGGAAGUGCCUUGGCUGUGGCACACCUCAGAUGAGACUGGUUGAUCGGGCUGUUUUCCAGGAGGAAAAGAUAUUGGUUUGUUUGUAGGGUGCAUAGCAUUAUCGCCCAACCAAGUUUCCAAGGCAGGUAGACGAACAUUUCCAUUUAAUGAAUGAACAAUGUAAUUACGGUACAUUAGUUUGUUGGCCUAGGUAUGAUCACGAGCUC